UACAGCAAACACACAAAAAGUGGUCUCAGCCAAUGCUCAUGCCACAUGUUCCAAACUAGGAGGGGCUACAGCUCAAGUGGAGUGCCAAUCAAAGCAUCAACUUCAAAUUGUAUCUGAGAGUUCAGCCCAGGACCUAGGGGCAGACACAUCAGUUGGAGCUCAAUUGUUGAUCAGAUCACAUCCAAGGGACUUGCUGAAAAAAAAAAAAAGGAAGCUGAGAUUUCAGAAGAGCAAAAGCUAUAUUGUUUCGCAUUCCUGUGCUUGUGCACUUACAGUCUGACUUCCUGAUCAUUUUCUGCUGUGUGUUGUGUGUGUGUGUUUCUUUACUUUGACUUUUUGUAUCACAUCUGGCCCAGGAGAUGUCUUUUCCCCAGCUGGGCUACUCUCAGUAUUUAAGUGCCACCCAGGCGGUGUAUGGAGGCGAACGGCCGGGAGUUCUGACUGCCUCUGCACGGGGAGGAAGCACUGAAAUCGGUGCAAAUCCUGCUGCCACAGCCGCUGCUGUCACUUCGAUGCUGGGCAUGUAUGCAAACCCUUACGCAGCGCACAACUACAGCGCCUUUCUUCCUUACACCAGUGCCGACCUAGCUCUCUUCUCUCAAAUGGGCUCCCAAUAUGAACUGAAGGAUAACGCCGGUGUUCAUCCUGCCACAUUUGCUGCUCACACUUCCCCGGCCUUUUACCCUUAUGGACAGUUCCAGUAUGGGGACCCUGCCAGACCCAAGAAUGCCACCAGGGAGAGCACGAGCACCCUCAAGGCCUGGCUCAAUGAACACAGGAAAAACCCAUACCCCACCAAAGGAGAAAAGAUCAUGCUGGCCAUCAUCACCAAGAUGACCCUGACCCAGGUCUCCACCUGGUUCGCCAAUGCCAGGAGAAGGCUGAAGAAAGAGAACAAGGUGACCUGGGGUGCCAGGGACAAAGACGAUGAGGAUGGCAACAUCUUUGGUAGUGAUAAUGAGGGUGAUGUUGAAAAGAAUGAAGACGAUGAGGAAAUCGACUUGGAGAGCAUAGACAUCGACAAGAAUGAUGGGGAGCAAAGCAACGAAGAGGAUGAGGAGAAAUUGGAAAGCAGGGAUCACAUGGAGUUGGUGGAGAGUAUGCAGAAAAGACAAGAUUUAACUGUGCAGGCACCUGAAGGAUAUGAUAAGCCCAAAGAUAUUAUAUCAGUGGUCAAAGAGCCAUCUGAAAGCAAUAAUACAAGGAUGAUAUCUCCUAGCGGACAGGGCAAUUUCCAGAUGCCAUCAAACAACAAACCUAAGAUCUGGUCCUUAGCAGAGACCGCCACUAGCCCUGAUAGUUCUCAAAAGCCCUCGUCGCCUUCUACUCCACCCAGCCAUUCCUCACCCCAGAUACAACACCCAGCCUUUCUCCCCAACCAUGGACUAUACACUUGCCAGAUUGGGAAGUUCCACAAUUGGACAAAUGGUGCUUUCCUGAGCCAAAAUUCCCUAUUAAACGUGAGGUCUUUUCUGGGAGUAAAUCAACAUCACCAUCACCAUAAUCACCAUCUUCAUUCCCAGCAGCAACAAACUUCAGUAGUCACGUCAACUAUGGCAGCACUGAGCAGCGACAAAUCUUCAGAGAGCUCAAGUCCGAAACACAUAGAACAGGAAAAUGUUCCACGGACCGAAUCCCCAACACAGCCAUUAAAAUUGCCAUUUCAACCUGCCCAUGACAGUCCCAGGAAUCAACAGGAGGCAACACGGGUUUUAACAGCUCUUUCUUCGGCCUGAUUAAGAUUUCUUUGGUUUGUUGGAAAAAACAGAGACUAAAAAAAACAAAACACUGAUAGGACUGAAAAGAAAAUAAACCACCCCACUAUCACUGUAAAGCCUGAUGCAGAACCAUUGAGUCAACCUGACAAAUCGUGUGGAUGGAUUUUCCUUUUCACUGUACCAUAAUCACAUCUCUUGUUAACCUAAUAUUUCUUUUUUGAUCAUUUGGUAAAUGUCUUUUCUGUGUUGAUGUGUUUCUGUAUAUAGGGUGAUCUAAAAUUGUAAAUAGCUCGUCGACAGAACUUGUCCAAAUCAUAUAUUUUUGUCUAAUAAACUAAAUGAAAUUAUAGAGACACAUUGGCAUUUUAUAAUUUUUGGUGUUCAAAGUUUAUGGUUAAAGAUGUAUCUUUGCUUUUUUAUUUGCUUCUUAUUUGUUUAAAAACUUAAAUUAUUUGUCAGUUUUCCUAAACAAGGUAUAAACAGUAACUAAAUAAAACAUAUUAUAUUCAAAUACAAUUAUUAAGUGUGCAUAUUUAACAUUUUAACCUUUUUAUUAAUUGGGUAAGUAGUGUUUCAAUGUUUUGCCCAUUUUAGAAAAUAUGAUUUAGAAUUUUGAUAGAAUUUCUAUUAAACCUUAUUUUGACAUGUUAUACUUUGCAUUUUUAAACAUGCGUGCACUACAAUAAAGCCUUGAUAAAAAAAUAAUGUAAAAAAUAAAAUCUAUGCAGCAUAUUAAA